UGCCUUUAAUGUUUUUGUCUGCAGAUACAGCUGACGGAAUUUGAGAGCACGUUGCAGAAGAAGGAUGCCGGGCUCCUUGUGAAAGAUCUGUACAUGGAAGAGUUGAAGUCCACACUGAUGGAAUACAGUUCUGUUAUCGAGAAUCUAAGAAUAGAGAAGAACAAGCUGGAGCACGAUCUGCAGCAGAUGGAGCAAGAGCUUUUGUCGAAUGGCAUCAGUUCACCAAUUACGUGCAAGUUAAACCGUGUCAUAAAUGUUGGUUUGAGCUCGCUGCACACCGAGCUGGAAUAUGCACAGCAGUCGUCGGAGGUCUCCACAGCCGAGUGGAUGGUCUCCUCAGGCCGCACGUCUUCCCUUGAUGUCACUUUGGACCGUGAGGUCCUCUUGUUGCUCCACGGACCAGGACACGAACAACUAGCCACUGAGUUAAAGGGCAUCCUGCAGGCAAUGCAGGAAGACAGGUAUGUGAUGGCGGAUCAGCUUCUCGACUCAUUACAGCGCCUGAUCACCUCCGAUAUUGAUGUGAAGGAUUUAUCUGGGAAGAUGCUGGAGGUCAUAACCGCUGAUAUGAAGCAGAAGAAGGCAAACUGGGAGCAGAGGCUGAAGCAGCUGGACAAGAACAUGGAGUCUAUCGACCGAGAGUUCGUCAAGAUGUCAGGGAACGUGCGACGGAUGAAGACGGAGCAGCUUCACCUGAAAAAGGAACUUUCCUCCAGGGCUCAUGAGCUGGAAGCAGCCAGACAGCAGUUAGAGGAAGCCGAGGGACAAGAGCGACACAUCUCCGCUCAGCUGCACCAUUCUACUGCUGAACAAGAGGACCUGUCCAGACAGGUUGCUGAGCUGCAAGGCGCCCUUGACGUGCUGCGGACGGAGGUCGAGUCCCUGCGAGGCAAAUUAGAGGAAGCCGAGAGCGAGCAGAAGGAGCUGGAGGCUGUGAGGAGCCAGCUGCUGAGCCAGUGUCAGGACACAGAGGAGAGAGCGAGGCAGCAGGAGGAUGCGAUCAGUUUACUAGAAAGAAGACUGCUGACAUAUCAGUGCGCUGAUAAAACACUUUCGGUGUCCCUGGACGAUGCUUUGAUUCUGAACACAGCAACUGAACAGCCACUGAUACAUGGCGAAGACGAGAGAAGUUGCAUCUGCGAGGGGAUUGGUCACCAAGAAGCCGUCCGGUUAUCUGGACCUCACAAGACCAGCGCAGACUAUCUACAUGAAUUCUCGCCAUUAUUAGAUGCGCUGUCUCUUGAAUUGGGCGUGAAAUAUGUCCCCCUGAGAGUGAGAAAUUGGACGCCAUCCCUGAAGCUCAGAAUAUUUAAUACCCAACUAGACAAAGUACUGAGUGACGGUGGUGAAUCAUCUGCAGAGCUACAGAUCCAGAUCAGGUCCACACGUGUGUCUCUGGGUAUUCAGACUGAUGAUCGCGGUCCUGACCAUCCUGUGAUGGAAAAAACGUUCUCAAAGGAGAACAGGGAACAUGCACCAGCGGCUGUGGACAAUACAAGCUCUUCGGAUGACCCGUCGGCAGCACCUGGAGCAGCAACAGAAUCAAUGAUAAUGGAGUCAAAUCAAUCCGGGCAUAAAGAGUCUGGAGAGAAGGACAACAUGGCGGAAUAUCCCAGCGAAGCUGCCACUGAGGCUACAGUCAUCCAGUCUGAUUCACUACAAGAUUUAGGUACCCCCAAGGAUGGAAAAUUGCCCAAUUCUGAAAAAGAAUCUGUGGGGGAGAGUAAAAUGUCCCCUUCAGAAGUGGUUGAAACGCCACCAUCCAUUAAAAUGAACUCUCAGAACUGUGCAGAAGACAACCACACUUCUAACAACAACAAAGAGUUGGCGACUGAAUUCCUGCGCCUGUCGCUGGGUUUCAAGUGCGACAUUUUCACUCUGGAUAAACGUCUGCGCCUGGAGGAAAGGUCUCGCGAUUUGGCGGAAGAGAAUCUGAGGAAGGAACUUUCCAGCUGUAAAAAGCUCUUGGAGACACUGAUUCCGCUCUGUGAGGACGAUAACCAGACAAACGAAAUUGUCAAGAAACUGGAGAAGAGUUUGCAGUUUCUAAAUCAGCACACAGCACGCGUGGCCAGCCGAGCAGAGAUGUUGGGGGCCAUUCACCAGGAAAGUCGUGUUAGUAAAGCGGUGGAAGUGAUGAUUCAGCAUGUUGAAAACCUAAAGCGCAUGUACGCCAAGGAGCACGCCGAACUGGAGGAGCUGCGGGAGGCCAUGCAACAGAGCGAUCGCAGCAGCACCACCUCGGACAGAGAUGACUCAUUAAAAUUGGCAUCAUCACUUGCUAGUAAGGUCUCCCCUGCCAGAAGGGUCAGUAUGCCGGCAUACACAAGAGGAAUUGGUACUGCCUCUGCCAUGGACAUCUUUGGAGGAGACAAGCUGGAUAAUAAGAUGCACAGGAGAUCAAAUAGCUGGAAGUUGGUGGGUUCUCGACAGAAUGAUGGCCGCCCCACUCUACAGAGGUUUAUGGAUAAUUACCCACUCCCAGAGCCAGCGGAGGAGAAUUCAAUUCAAGAGGAUGAGCCCAACGCCGAAUUAGUGGAAGAAAUAAAAGAAGAGCAAGUCAGGAAAUUCAGCUUAAAAACGCCGUCCCCCACCAAGCCUGAAUCCAAAUACAGCCACGUUUGGUCCUGGAUGUCUGACGUGAGGCAAUCGAUAACCAACAUUAACAAGCCGCUGGUGAUCUGUAUCAUGGCUGCAUUUUUAUUUGUGACACUUGCUGGUUUCCUGACAGGCCUGACCUUCCACAAACCGGUAGAAGGAGCCCCUGUCGGUCCUGGUGUCUCGUGGACUUCCAUCCAGCAGUUACUGUGGCCAUACACUGGGCUCCGGCACAAUGGGCCCCCUCCAAUAUGAUGGCACUGUGGAUUUCCAAUAUUUUUUAAUUAUUUUUUUUUUGUAGCGUUUACACUUGACACCCAUUUACCCCUGUACAAUAUUCUGGACGGACGAUCGCGCUUUAAAAUAAUUUAUGUGUGUAUAUAUUCUAUUUUAUUAUAAGCCAUCAAGUGGCCACAAAGGUAUCAUGAUAUAUUUUCUACAAGAGACCAGUGACUUUCCUACUGAUGUGUAGUUUAGAAUCAUUUGGAGACCGUAUGGCGUUUAAGGCUAUCGCAUGUGAUUUUGUGGCCUGGCAUACACUUCACUGUUUUUACUGCCUGAUAUUUAUUGUGUUAAUAAAGUAACAUCAUGUUUA